AUGGCAGCGGUCUCGAGAACAGGCCCAGGCCGAAGGGCUUUCACAACGUCCAUAGCUUUACAAGAAAAGAAAUACACAGAGGAGCACGAAUGGAUUGAGCUCAGCGAAGACGGCAAGACAGGCACCAUCGGCGUCUCAGUCUACGCCGCCAAAAACCUUGGUGAUGUUGUCUUUGUGGAACUCCCCGCCCUCGACCUUGAAAUCAAAGCCGGCGACUCCAUGGGGGCUGUUGAAUCGGUCAAGUCGGCAUCGGAUAUCUUGUCGCCUGUGUCGGGAAAGAUCAUAGAAGCGAACGAUGUACUGCAAGAGAAGCCAGGCACUAUAAAUAAAAGUCCGGAAGGAGAGGGGUGGAUUGCGAGGAUACAAGUGAAGGAUGGAGGGGAGGUGGAGAAGUUGAUGAGUAUGGAUGAGUAUGCGAAAUUCACUGCGGAGUAG